GGGGGGGGAAAAAACUAAUUUUCCCAUAUGUGCAUUCCUGUCAAGAUAUUUAAAAAAAAGGUUCCCACUGAGAGGAGGAGGGUGAACGAUGUAAGACUGCACAGAGGAAAGGGAUGACAAGGAGAGAGAAACAGAGGGUGGGAGAAGAAACAAGCAGUUCUACCCAACCCCUCUCCAGCAGACCAGACCCAUUCCUCGCCUCCUUCAGGCCGAGCGGAGCAGCAGCACGAGCAGGAGGAUUUAACCGAGGAUAACGCGCAUCAAUAGGAUCGGAGAUUUCUUGGGGAUUGGUCGCCGAAGACGGGGGGACAAAAUAUUAGCAAAAAUAAGUGGAAAGAAGAGAGAGAGAGAGAGAGAGAGGAGAACGAGUCAAUGUGAAGCGAGUCCAAUAGAUUCCGGGGGCUCUGCACUAUUACUGGACGGCGUGCACCUGUGCGUUGUGCAUGCACUCCUUUCCGUUGAGAUAAAAGUGCGUAAGAUUGAUACCGUUUUUACGCACGGUGACACGCCGAGCUGGAGAGACGCGGAUACUGUCCUGGACGCACGAUGCUGAUCGGUACAUCGGCCCAGGGCAGCCCCCUUCUGGCCUCCCUCCCCAUCCCGGGACGGCCUCUGCAGCCUCAGCUCGACCUCAAACACCUCCUGCCCUUCAGACUCAAUGGAUCCUCUCCCCUCAACCUCUUCCCUAACUUCAAUGCGAUGGACCCUGUCCAGAAGGCAGUGAUCAACCACACAUUCGGUGUUCCUCAGCCCCUGAAGAAGAAACAGAUCAUCUCCUGCAACAUUUGCCACCUGCGCUUCAACUCAACGAACCAAGCAGAGGCCCAUUAUAAGGGCCACAAGCACGCCCGGAAGCUCAAAGCCAUGGAGACCCAGAAGAACAGACAGCGACGAGCCGGGGAGGCCCCGUCCACGGGAAGGGACAGAGACAGAGACAGAGACCGGGGACGCGAUCGGGACAGUUGCAAGACGUCCGCACCCGAGGCCGCUCUUCCCGCGCUCAUGGAUACAAGCUUGGUGGAGGGCGCAAGCCUUCAGUCCGACCAAGAAGCAGCCAACAUGGAGGAAAAGGUCGAAGAGAGUCCCGGGAGCUCAGUCAUGCCGACACUAGUGUCGGAGGUUUCCCCCGAGGAGUCGGUCACCCUUUCCCCUCCACAGGUAUCGCCUUCCUCAAACCUUUUAGAGAUGCCCUCAGACACCAUCGCCCCCGAGGUCCCGGAAGCUAUGGAGGCCGCGGGCCUCCUCACCGAGUCCGCCAGCAACGCAGACACAUCCAGCGUGAAGGAGGAGCCCCAAACGGAUGAGGACACGGACCCUAAAAAGAGCAAGGCUCACCUCCAUUGUCCCGUCUGCAAAGUCACGAUGAACUCCACCUCCCAACUGGAAGCACACAACAGUGGUACGAAGCACAAGCUGAUGCUUGAAGGUCACAGCGUUCUGCCUCGACGCAGGGGGAAGGUGGUGGCGGCUCGCGCGGGCUGCAAGAGCAAGCGGCUGGCCAGCAAAGGCAGCGUCGGGGUGCCCAGCAAGAACUUUCAGUGUGAAGUGUGCGAGAUCUUUGUGAACUCUGAGACCCAGCUCAGCCAGCACAUGAAUAGCAGAAGGCACAAGGAUAGGCUGGCCGGAAAACCGCCCAAACCCAAAUUCACCCCCCACAGCAAAAGCCUGCCAAGCACCAGCUUAGCGAACGUGAGAUGGAGUAGCUAUGCAGGCGUGGCCGUGUCCGCCAUGAAGAAAGCCUUCAGCCAGUACAAUCUCACCUCGCUUUCCUCACAGACUAAACUGGCUUUGCAGAAGCAGCUGACCAAGAGCUUGACAGCCGGCUUCCUGCCCGGCCCCCUCACACAGCCAACUCUGUGCACAUUGGCUACUAACCCCCUGGCUCUGCGCCACCCAAUGGGCCCCACCACCUUCAUCCAGAGCCCCUUCCUGGGCCCUGCACUGUUUCGGCCGGCCCCGGGGCCGCUGCGGGCCACGCACACACCCAUCAUCUUCUCCCCCUACUAAAGACUUGACCCACUUCCUGUUUGAGCUCCACCCUCGUCCCUUUACCGAACCCCAGGCCCUCCUUUAGUGUGACCCAAAUGACAAAGGCCACACGCAAACUAUGCAGCCCGUCUGACUUACUAAUGGAAAGAGUGCACAAGUCCUGAUGCUCCGCAGGCCAUGAGGCCCGAGAGCUGUUCCUAUCAUAAAGGCCAAGAUCCCCCAUCAUGCCUUCUUUCUGCUCCUCUUAUCGUGACCUAAGGAGCAGCACAGGCCUCCAGACAGUGACUGGUGCACACAGGCCGCUUUUAUAGCCAUUUCUUGGGUCGACAUGGUUUGGGUUAUUAUAUUAUUGUGUAAUUUAUUAGAGAAAAUGAAUAUAGACAUGUCUAGAUGUAUGUUUAGUGUGGUUGCCACAAAAUAAGGUCCCUUUACUUGAUGCUCUUUUAAAAUCUUUUUUUAACUUAUUGAGUUAGUGGAUUUCAUGGAAAGGUGGGAGGGUCAUAGGUCAUUAAAGAAGCUGUACUAGAGGCCUCCUCAUUGGGAGGACAAUCCUCUCUCAUAGAUCAGUGUUUUCAAUCAACAAUCUCCAAGGACUAUCUGAGGUUGAUUACUGUCACGUUGUCAUGUAUAUUAUGGCUAUAAUCAAACAGUCCUGUGAGUGGUAUGUACAUCUGCCUAUAUUAAAACCCUGCUUCAUCUCGCAACUUUAUUUCUGAGUCGCAGCCAUCGUCAUAACCCUCCAGAUUAAUUUUUUCCCUCCCCAUAUCCGCAGGAUUAAGCGCUCAUUAAGGUUGAGAAAAGGUCAGCUGUCAACUUAACUUUGUUCCAAUUUGCAUAUCUGACUUUUUUAGUGAAUCGUUCACGCUAUGCAGCUCGAACACUAUGUUCUAGCCAAGCUAGUGUCACAAAAACAUUCCCCCAGCUAUUGAUGUCUUAUGUUACAAAGUGCCAUCGUUUCAUUCACUUGUGACUGCUCUUUUUUCUUUUCCACCUCGCUGUUGACCGUGAUUUUCCUGUGGCGUGAUCUCAGUCUGAGAUGGUGAUAAUAAUGAUGAAGAGGAGGAGGAGGAGGAGGAGGAGGGGCCACACAAACACUAACGCGCACAGGAGGAGAACAUGAGGGACAACUUGUAGACUUGAUGGGAUCUCAGUGCUCGCUGAAAAGUUUGAUUGACAACCAGUGUCAUCGCACAGCGUGGGAGGAAACAAAGCACAGUGCCAUGGCAACCACAUUAAAAGCACCUUAAAAAUGAUUUUACUUAGAAAAGGACGUUGUUUUUGAUGAUUUGCCUUUCUUUUGCCCUUGGUGCAUGUUUUUACACAUCAAUUUAAUUUUAAAGAAAAAAUAAGGUGGGAUCGAGUCACAUUGUGUUUCAUCCGUAACUACGAAAAGUCUCACGUUCAAAGCAAUACAUGCGGUGUGUUCAUGUUUUUAUGAUGUGUUUUUCAGUUUGUCGAUGGCUUUAUCUACUCUAUACCGGCCCCCCCUGUAACAAUGUAUUAUGUGCUCCGACACACAGCCAGGGGCCCACUCUGAGUCAUUUGGAACGAGGGGUCGUCCCUUGGGCUUGGGGAUAAGUGUCACUUGCACAACCAUGUCAACUGUCAAACUGUUUUUCAUGCCCCCCUCCCAGGAUAUCUACUAACUCUCAGCCCAAAACGGACUGUUGGCAAGGUUUCAUAUGGACUCUGGGCUUAAACAUCAUCCUCUCAUCAACACUCAUCCCACAUGGCGUACUCUUACAUUACAGUAAUGGAGGUGAUCCUAUGCAUUUCUCAUUGUGCAAUAUGUAUAGUUGUCCUGUGAUGCAGCAGUGCCAUCUGUCGUGAAAACCUUGUAAUUGCCAUGCAGUGCUAGUGGUUCCCAAAACCCGUGGUCAUACGGUACGUGUAUUUCUGUUUAAGGACCCCUAAGUAUUUCUGGGUAAGCGAGGCCAUACUGAUGUGAUUCUCCCCCCGUCGCACUACUCAGCGAACCAGACAGCCUUUAAUCUUCACUGUUUGUUUGUUUCUAAUCGCUUCAGUGGGAACUCUAACCUUACGAACUGAAACUUCUGAAAAAAAAAGAUCUAGAUCAGGCAGAUUAUAUGUAGAAAUCAUAGAGGAACUAUAGAGAUUUUAUCAGAGUUACUAUUGUUAUCUGUAUCAUAAUCGACUGCUAUCAUAGAGGAGAGUAGAUGACGUUAUCGGAGGCUCUGUACAGAAUACAGGGAGAGGAAAAAUGCUUUGCUUUCUUUAGCUCUUUGUUUAUUUACAUGGUUUUGACAAUAUGUUUUUUUUUAUUUUAAGUACAACGCAAAAUAUUUAAAGCAAACGUUUUUUGAGUGAGCUUUUCUUUUCUGAAUUAAUAAUGUAAUUCAAGGCCUUUUUAAGACAAUAUCCUAAAGUCACAUUAGCCAGGCCUUCUCAGGGGUGACGGGUUGAGCGAAUGCUAACAUGACCAUCCAUUCAGGGUAUCCCUCCAUUGCUCCGGAGAGCAGGAAACACUGUACUCGUGGAUGGAUUGACAAAAUAAAGCAACAAUAUUCACAGUGCUGUACCAUAGAGAGGAUAAAGGAUGGAUUUUGGAAAAUAAAGCUUUUAGAACUUGUAAAAGAA